ACAAAAUGGCGGAGUGUCUUGUAAAAUUUUUACCGGAGGAUGUUCCAGGGGCAAUUUUACCUUGCCCUUUGUUAGAAGAUAACACCUUUGAAGACCUCAAACGAUACGUGGAGACCAGAGCCUUUACAGUGGGAAAGCAAGAGUCAAAAGUGAAGCUUCUUAAAAGAAUUUCAGAUCUCAAGUCGAGUGGGCUGGACAAAUUUAUCGUCGAUCCAGAUGGGGAUGUACAGUAUGCAAUCAUCGAAGAGCACGUGAGACAAAAAAUUCCAGAUAUUUCUCCCCCCUUGUUGAAAAAUUGGACGAAGGACAUGGCAGUACCCACAGAUUUUUCCUAUAGUCAUUUAUAUGAAUAUCUUGUCAAAAGAACUAUUACAAUUCUGAAGGUAAACACCAAAUCAAAAAACACACAUUUGGAAGGGAAGUCAAAAGACAGAGACCUCUACAAGAAUAUGCAAGUCACAAUACUGUACAAGAUCCUACAGUGGAUUUCAAAUACUUAAAGGAAAAUAUCA